GCAAAAGUAAAUACCUGUUUGAAAUCAGUCCAACAGGGGACGGUAUUUAGCAGACACUUUGAGGGUGUACCUACAGCCAUGCCUACUACUUAGAUUGUGUUGAGCGCCUCCUGCUCUGCGCUACGCUACCGCCAGACGGACACACAUUCUUCCAUUCAGUCAGUCAGUUGGCUUGUCUGACGCUAAAGUGCAAGUCGACUGUAGUCUCCCUUCUCUCGGGAUUUGUUUUGAGAGAAAGAGCGUUGUUUCUGUACAGCAAAAGAAAACACGUGUGUAUAUUGGUUAUUUUGAAUGCGCUUGGAGAAAGUUAAAUUAGACUAUUUUCUUGCAAAAACGCGGACACAAUGUGACAAUGUUGACCAGCAGACUGGGUUAUCCAUGACGGAUUGGUAAAGAGCUGUUCAUUAAUCAAGGAAAAAGGGACGUAGCAAUGGGGAAACUUCAGUCCAAACAUGCGGGCAAACGUAGAGAGAACCCCGAAGGAGACAGUUUUGUUGUGAACGCUUUCCUCCGAAGAGCGAUGGGGGAAUGUGAGAUGUACAGCUCCUCAGAUCACAAACUGAACAACAUUCAGGAGUUUCCACAUAGUGAGCUGAAGGGGAGACAGCUCUUAGACCAUCACUGUCCCCUAGAGGGAAGACUAGCUGUCGUCAUGGCGUCAGCUAAUGGGGAUCUGAAUAAAGAUGAAGAUGUGUGUUGUUGUGUUGUGCCAGUGGAUCUCCCUCCAGAGAAGGCUGCUGAGGGCUGUGACAGUUACCUGCAGUUCCCCCACACAGACCCAGGGCCAGACAGGCAGCUACUGAGAGGAGGGGACGCAGGCAAAGCCUCUGGGAAGAAACGCAUCAGCCUGGAUGACCUAGAGUGUGACGUAUCAGUGGAGGAAGAUAAUCGUCAGGAAUGGAUCUUCACCCUCUAUGAUUUUGACAACAGUGGCAAAGUUACUAAAGAGGACAUGUCCAGUCUGAUGCACACCAUCUAUGAUGUGGUGGAUGCCUCGGUCAAUCACUCAUCCUGCCACAGUAAGAGGAAGACCCUACGGGUCAAGCUGACCGUUGCACCAGAGCCCAGUGCUCGCAGGAGAGACCACCUCUCCACUGGACCAGACCGGGAGUCAGGACGCCUUCAUCAGGAGGAGGGACGAUCAGCAGACAGACGGCUGUCUUCUCACAUCAGGCCAGCCCUCCCAGGUCAGAGCAGUGAGGGACAGCAUUACUGUGUGGAUGAGAACACUGAGAGGAGGAAUCACUAUCUGGACCUAGCUGGUAUAGAGAACUACACCUCCAGGUUUGAAGGAUCCACCCCUCCCCCACCCCCCCAGGAGACCCAUGUGCGGGCCUCCCAGUCCCAGAACCGCUCCCGUUCCCAGGAGCCCGAGGCCCACGCCGCCCACGCCCACCAGCGCCGCUCGCAGGUCAUCAGUGAGAACUACACCCCUCUAGAAGCCCGGGGUCGGGGCGCGUCACACUUCCUGAAGUCCCCCAGAGGAACAUCUAAAGGAGCCGGCGUCGGAGGGACCACUGGGGGACUUGAAAGGGCCAAGUCCAGUAAAUACCACGCUGGGGGACAUUACCCUCCUCAGCCUCCUCCUCUCCAGACCCUGCUGCAUGCAGGGAACUCCUCAUCUGGGGGUCACGGAGGUCAGGAUGUGUAUCACCUCCCCUCCUCCAGCCACCAUCAGCACCCUCUGCAGCACAGCCACAGCAAACGGCUCCGGGCCAAAGCCAGGGAGGGUCAGGGCCUGUCCCCGUCCAAAACGCCCCUGUCACCUCACUCCAAUCCCCAGCAUCAGCAUCAGGCUCCCCCUCCUCCUUGUCUGGAGAGGGAGAAGGAGAGGGAGCAGGGUUCUGGGCUGCCCGGCAGCCCUGGGUCCUUUGUGUUGCCUCUGGUGCAGCGUCACGAGCACCGCCACCACCACGAACACCACCAUCACCACCACUACCACCACCACCACCAGACAUGACCCAAUAGGAUGCCAGUAACAGUCAGAGACUGAGAGACCUUUAAAGGACCGACUGAUCACAUACAUCUGUCUGAAGAAGGACUCAACCUCCUCCACCAAUGGGAAUGUCUCCGCUUCUGUCCUGAGGCUGCCCAAUCUGAGAUGGCACCCUAUUCCCUAUAUAGUGCACCACUUUUGACCAGAGCCCUAUUGGUUAGCCCUAACUCUAACACUGUAGACGUUUGCCAAAUGUAGUGCACUAUAUAACAAGGUGCCAUUCAGACAGCUCAGGAUCUGAACCCUCCUCCAUUUAGUGCCAGGCAGGCUGCCAGAGCCAGACAGUUUCCCUGAGAUAUCCUGGGAUCAGACACACUGAUGGAAACUGGAGUGUGGCUGACUUGACUGCUGUGGUUAUUCCAUUGUAAAGGGUUGCUGAAGACACGGUGGUGCUGUUUUGUAAGACGUUUUCUAUGACACAGUUCUGAAUCUGAAUCCAAUGAGGUUAAACGUCCUGCUGGACCAAGCUACUCCUCUCUACGCGUGGACCUUCACAAAGGGAGAACAGAUACAGUACAGCUCUAUGUGGACAGAGGUCAGAGGUCAUCAAAAGUGACAUCAUUUCCUCCUUGGUGUUGACCCAUAGAUUUUCUUGUCCCCAGAAGCUAGGUACUGUCUCCUUCGUCCCAAAUGACACACUAUUCCAUUUUAUAGUAUACAACCUUUGACCAGGGCUCAUAGGACUCUAGUCUAAAGUAGUGCACUAUUUCGGGAAUAGCAUGACAUUUGGGACACUGCCUCUCCGUGUGUCUUGUGUGUACGAGAGCUUUCCUCCCAACGGUGUAUCUCAGGUGUUAGGUGCUGCUCCUUAGCUGUUCUCUCUACUACUUCCUCAUUGGAACCGGAACCCUGCUGUUGGGGUUCCAGAACCAGAGGAACAAUAUCAAAUCACCACUGACAGUUUUAAUGCAAGAAAUAUCUAGCUAUGUAAGCAUUCACAUCUAUAUAUGUAUACACAUGUUACUGUAAUAAUACUGUGUUUAUAUGCAUGUUAUUUCAUCAUGAAUUAUAAUGAUGCAUAUAUGUCUUUUGUCGUUGAUGUAUUUUAAUAAACAUUAUAUAUACUGUAUAUUGA